GUUCUUCCUCUUUCUCAUCUCUUCAUCAACGAAUUCACCUUCACCCAUACCUACUCUUCUCCUUUCAUUACUUUCCUUGGGGACCCUCGUGCGCUCUUGCCUACCUAGCCCAUAAAAUUACCUCUGAUCUUGCGAACCAUGGUUGCAGAUAGCACUGUUUUGACAACCGGGAGGUUGCUGGUGGCCACCUUUUUCCUCCCUGAAACUAUAUCCUUUCAAGUCCCCACUCGUGACAAGGAUGGACGCUUUCGGACCAACAGCAAAUCUUCUAAUGAUGGCCCUGGUGUUUCCUCGACUACACAAAGGCCUGCAACCUUAAUUCCCCCGUUGGCGGCUGUUGACACUUCGAACGGAGCCAUGUCUGAUGAGACUCAGCGAUCUGCUCCAACAAGUAGAGGCGCACCUAACGACAUGAGCAUGGCUCCAAAGGGCAUUUUGCCGCCUUCCACUCCAUCCAAUCCGCCCAGAUACUUUAGGACAACGUCAUCGACAGGCGAGGCUGUUACCACUAUACCUAGGCCAAUCGCCAACAAGGCUGAACGACUGAAGGACCAUGAGAGACCAGGGCUUCCUCAAAGAAGCUCUUAUCACGGUCAAUUGUCUGUACCCCCGCCAUCCAUCUUGGCGCCGCCUGCAGAAACCAAAGAGAAAGAGAAGCUAGUCAGCGUCUUCCCUGCUGCUGCUCCUCGCCCGACCUUGAAUCAGCCUCGAAGCAAGGCUGGAGACCAUCCUUCGAUUAGUAUUCACAAGAGUCAACCUCACCGGCGCCCAUCUAUUGACUCGGCUAAGGUCUUUGCAGAAGCUGCAUGGACUGUUGAGAAGGCUUAUAGCGGUAAUAUUGGCCUCCAUAACGCGGUGAAUUCGAUUCAAGGACAGCUCUCAAAGAGGAUCUGGAUUGGCACGCUCGGCAUGGCUACUGAUACGCUGAAUGAUCGCACCCGAGAGGAUAUCAAGGCGGAGCUGGCGCUUAACCAUAGCUCGGUCCCUGUUUUUGUUCAUGACUCAGAUUUUGACGGCCAUUACCAUCAAUUCUGCAAACAGAUUCUGUGGCCAAUCUUCCACUAUGUUUUGCCUGAUAACCUUCGAAGCAAGAGCUAUGAAGAUGGCUCCUGGAAGCACUACGUCGCUGUCAAUAGGGCAUUUGCUGACACAAUAGUCGAAAAUUACCGACAGGGUGACACGAUCUGGGUCAAUGAUUACCAUCUGAUGCUUGUCCCCAACAUGAUCCGCGAGCGUUUGCCAGAUGCAUCCAUCGGUUUCUUUUUACAUGUUCCUUUUCCAAGCUCAGAAAUCUUCAGAUGUUUGCAUGUACGCAAGGAGGUCUUGCAAGGUUUACUAGGCGCCGAUCUGGUCGGAUUCCAGACCUAUUCAUUUGCUCGUCACUUUGUUCAGACAUGCUCUCGUCUCUUAUCUGUAGAGUCAACUCCAAAAGGGAUCCAACUGGAAAGCACAGCAGUUAAUGUCGGUAUUUUCCCCAUUGGUAUUGACACUAAGAGCCUCAGAAUUAAGCGUCAAGACCCGGAAGUCGCACAGUGGGUCAAGGAGCUCAAGGAGAAGUACCAGGGUAUGAAGCUCAUUGUGGCUCGUGAUAAACUCGAUUACAUUAAGGGCGUUCGCCAGAAGAUGCUUGCAUUUGAACGGUUCCUGAACCUCCAUCCGGAAUGGCUAGGAAAGAUUGUCUUGAUUCAAGUCGCACUUUCUACAUCUGAACAAAACGAGGUUCAAGGUCAAGUCUCAGAUGUCGUGACUAGAAUUAACUCCAAGUUCAGCAGCCUAUCAUAUCAACCUAUUGUCUUCUUGCGUCAAGACAUUACGUUUAGUCAGUAUCUUGGGCUAUUGACGGCUGCAGAUCUGUGCUUGAUUACUUCACUUCGAGAUGGAAUGAAUCUGACUUCGCAUGAGUAUGUUGUCUGCCAGGAGGAACAAAAGAAUCCUCUUGUACUUAGUGAGUUUGCAGGAACUUAUGGAAGUUUAGGUGCUUGCUUAAGAGUAAACCCAUGGAACUAUACUGAAGUCGCAGAGGCAAUUUAUGAGGGCUUGACCAUGAAGGAAGAGGAGAAAGUUAUCCGCUGGAAUGAGCUGAGUAAACACGUUUGCACUAACACUGCCCAGUUCUGGGCUAGCGACUUUGUAUCCGAGCUGGUCAAGGUGCAUGGAGACGUGCAACGGCGGUACUCAAUCCAUAUUCCAUUAUUGAGUAUGGAUGUCGUUCUUCCAGAGUUCCGAGCAGCUAAACGACGGCUGUUACUACUUGAUUACGAUGGAACGCUCCUACCAUAUGAACGCGCCUCGUCUGUGAGGGCCAAGGGGAAGACGUCACACGAAGAUAUGUUCAAAAUCAUCCAACAGCUCACCAACGAUCCUAAGAAUAUUGUUUAUAUUAUGAGUGGCAGAGUCCAAGAAAGCUUGGAUGAAGCUUUUGGGGCUAUUGACAAUAUUGGCCUCUGCGCUGAAGGCGGCUGUUUCUUAAAGCCAGCAGGCAAGAAGACAUGGGAGACUCAAGUUCAAGAGGGCGACACACAAUGGCGCAAAAAGGUCAUGGAGAUGUUUGAAUAUUACAGGGAACGAACUCCAGGAUCUGAAAUUGAAGAAAAGACAAUCCCAAUUGUUUGGCACUAUCGCCAAGCAGACAACCCCAGCUAUGGAUUAUGGCAAGCGCGUGAAUGCCAGAAUCAUAUAGAAGAGGCUAUUGGAUCAAUUUAUCCCAUUCAUGCAGUCGUGGGCCGUAAAUGCUUAGAAGUGAUGCCACGCGACGUCAGUAAAGCACAGGCAACCAAGACUAUUGUGGAAGGUCUUCGCCAACAAUACGGUACGGAUGCUAUUGACUUCAUAUUCUGUGUGGGUGACGAUCGCUCGGACGAGGACAUGUUUGAGUACUGCAAUAGUCAAGCAUUGGAUGGCGAGCAGCGAGUGGUGACCUGUACGGUCGGAUCCAAGAGUUCUGAAGCCCGGUGGUUUGUGCCUGGAGUAUCGACAGUCCUGCAGGGCCUGCAGGCUUUGGCUCAAAAUGCAUAAAUCCCAAAAUUACUUAAUUCUUAAAUAAAUCGGUG